CGCUCGGUGCCUGCCGCCGGGUGGUGCCCGCGGGGGGUUCGGUGAGGGGCCCUGGGCGGUGGGGUUCAGAAUCCGGGCAUAAUGUGGAGCGCAGGAGGCUCCCGCUGAGCACCAGGCAGCGCUGCUGUGCUGGGAGGUGCCUGAGCGCUGGCACAGGCUGCCCAGAGAGGCCGUGGGGUCUCCUCCUGGGGGAUCCUCAGAACCCACCUGGACGUGGCCCUGGGCAGCCCGCUCUGGGUGUCCCUGCUUGGGCAGGGGCUGGGGCAGGUGGGCUCCUGAGAGCCUGCCAGCCUCAGCCGUGCCGGCCUUACAUUAUCCGUUAGUCUGAGACCCUUCAGAAGCCCAGAAAAUAGCAAGAUUUAACGUACGAUUAGAUUUUUAGAUGUGGAAGAAUAUUACUGUAGUCAUUGGUAACGAAGAAAAAGCAUCUUCCUCUAGGUACCGCUGCCCGCAGCAUCUGGUGUGCCCGCGCCAGGUGCGGUAGGGUUCCCUAGAACUGCCUGAGUGCUGUGGAGACAGUUCGGUACACAGCAACAGUAGGUGGAAAAACUAAAACACCCGUUAUACUUGAAAAUAUAUUCAAAACCGCAUAUUUUUGGCAUCAUCUGAAGUUUCUUUCCACUUAGUUUAAAAUAGACCAAAUAAACAGAAGAGAUUAGGACAAGUAUAUUGCUAAGGCUAAGCAUGUUACCAUCUGUGCGUGUAUCAGUGAGCAGCACAACUGAUGCAUCAGCGUAUGCGCUCAGCUGCGUAAUUGUGAGGAUGGAAAGCUAUUUCUGUUCGGGUUACAAUGACUGCACCAAAUAAAGCAUUGGAGCUACAGCUGCAGAUAAAGCAAAAUGCCGAAGAGCUGCAGGAUUUUGUGAGAGAAUUGGAGAGUUGGGAAAGGGAUAUUAAGGAAGUUGAUUCUGAAUUAAGGAAACAAAGUGGUGUUCCAGAAGAGAAUUUACCACCAAUUCGAAACAAGGCUUUCAAGAAAAAGAAGAAGAGCAAAAGUAAAAUCCCAUCAAAGACAACCACUGAGGAAAACAAGAAAAACAAAAUCAAGUCUUAUGAUUAUGAAGCAUGGGGAAAACUUGACGUGGAUAAAAUACUGGAAGAACUUGAUAAAGAUGACAGUACUCAUGAUUCUGUGUCUCCAGAAUCAGACUCUGAAGAAGACGGAAUUCGUAUAGAUGCAGAAAAGGCUCUUGCAGAGAAGGAAAAGGGUAACAACUACUUUAAACAAGGAAACUUUGAUGAAGCUAUAAAAUGCUACACUAGAGGGAUGCAUUACGAUCCGUACAAUCCAGUAUUGCCCACAAACAGAGCAUCUGCUUUUUAUAGAAUGAAAAAGUUUUCUGUUGCAGAAUCUGAUUGUAAUUUAGCACUUGCUUUAGAUAAAAAUUACAUAAAGGCUUAUUCCAGAAGAGGGGCUGCUCGCUUUGCUUUGAAAAAUCUUCAAGGUGCUAAAGAAGAUUAUGAAAAAGUUUUAGAGUUGGAUGCGAACAACUUUGAAGCAAAAAAUGAACUGAAGAAAAUUAAUCAGGCUCUAUCAUCAAAAGAAAGCUCAGGACAGGAGGAGUUUGAAGAUGUAGUUAAACCAGAAUUAACAGACAAAGAGAAGAGGUGCAUUGAAGACGAGCAACUCAAGCAGAAGGCUGUUACAGAAAAAGAUCUCGGUAAUGGUUAUUUCAAAGAAGGGAAGUAUGAGGCUGCAAUAGAAUGUUAUACACGUGGUAUAGCAGCAGAUGGCACCAAUGCACUUCUGCCAGCAAACAGAGCCAUGGCCUAUCUCAAGAUUCAAAAAUAUGAAGAGGCAGAAAAUGACUGUACGCAAGCUCUGCUGUUAGAUGCCUCCUAUUCUAAAGCUUUUGCCAGAAGAGGGGCUGCAAGAGUUGCUCUUGGAAAGCUAAAAGAAGCUAUGCAAGAUUUUGAAGCUGUUUUGAAGCUGGAACCUGGAAAUAAACAAGCAAUAAAUGAACUCACUAAAAUAAGAAAUGAAUUAGCUGAGAAAGAACAGUUAGCUCAAGAAUAUAAAGAAUAUCCUGCAGUAUUGAUAAAAGAAGCAGAAAUAAAGAAUAUAGUGAAACUCAUUGAUGAUCCAUCACUCCUGAAAUCAACAAAGCCUUUGCGAACAAUACCCAUUGAAGAAGUUGAUGACGACAUGCCAAAUAGCGAUUUCCCCAGCGCUACUUCUUUCGUUAAUAACUGUACAAAUUUGACAAGUAUUGAAGCAACAGAGAAUCUGGAUCAGGAUGAUCACUUAACUACAAUGGACAUUCCAAAAGCAAAGCAAUUGAAAAUAGAAGAAAUCACUGAUACAUCACCAUUAAAGCUUCCUGCUAGUGUGAAAGGAAUUCCAUCAGUGUUGCAUCCAUCUUUCACUAUGAACAAGCAGGCAGAAAAAGAAAUGAAAACAUCAUAUAGAUCUGCUUCUCCAGUCCCUGCCGUUCCUGCAAACUCUUUCCAGCUUGAAUCUGAUUUCAGGAAGCUGAAAGACUGCCCAGAAAAACUGUAUUUGUACCUGAAGCAAAUAGAGCCUUCGUUUUAUCCGAAACUGUUCCAGAAAUCCUUAGAUCCAGACUUGUUUAACCAGAUACUGAAAAUUCUGCAUGACUUCUACAUUACGAAAGAGGAGCCAUCACUCAUCCUUGAAGUCCUCCAGAGGCUAUCUGAAUUAAAAAGAUUUGAUAUGGCAGUAAUGUUUAUGUCAGGCUCAGAGAAAAAAAUUACACAGGUAUUGUUCAGUCAUGUGAAACAUAUGGGAUUGAAAGAUACUCAGGUUGAAGAAUUGGAGAAGAAGUACGGCAUUUUCUCUUAGUGAGUUCACUGCCAUUACGCAUGUAAAUUGCUCUGUUUCCACAUUUGCGUCAUGUGGAAAUCAGCUGAAGAGGCCUAUAAGGACUGGAGUUCUGUUGCUUUUGUAUAAGUGAUGAAAUUCUUAAACUUGAUUCACCGAAUGACAAGUAGCUGGAGAAAGAAUGACUGGGUUCUGCUGGCAUGUUUGCUUUCCAGCACCUGAAACAAUACAGAUCUACAUACUUCAGUGGAAUCAGUUUGCCUAAAAAACAAUUGGAUGGAUUGGCAUUCAGGAUUACGACUACAGAUGGAGAUCUCUAUUAGAAAGAAAAAGUAUAUUUAUAAACAUCUUUUUUUGGUAAGAAUCAAAUGGUGUAUAUUACAAACUUGCAUGUUUUGUUUUGUUUUUUUGUUUUUUAGAAAAUAAACUUUGAGUUGAAAAUACCAAAUAUAUCAGUUUUUUUAACUCCAGUGCCUAAAUCACUCUUCUCUAAGACAGACCAUGCCAUAACGUAUAAUAUGCAAAGAGAACCUGAGUUACAAUGAACAAAAAAAUCCAGAAUUCCUUUACUUCAGCUUAUCCAAAAGCAUUAACAGCUGAGAUGUUCCUGUAAACCUCAACUGUAACUGCAGAAUAGAAGAAAGUCAAAUACUAUGAAAUUAAAAAGUAUAGAGAAAACCA